CGUUUGCAUCAAUCGCAGGUGCAAGGUCUGUCCAAACCUUCCCAUUCUCUAACGGAAAACACUUUCCCAUCUUCCCCUGGCCGGCCACCUUAUAUUCUCUUUCUGUUUCUCUUUAAUUCCUCUCCCUUGUCUUCAUUGUUAUUUUGUUUCCCUUUCCUUCAGUGUUAAUUCUUUUCCCGUCAUAUAGCAAGAGGGAGAGGAUCAUCAGAGUAUGCAAACCCUAUUCUUGAAUUAGGGUUUUCUGUUCUCUCUUAAUUUGUUGUACUCGUUCCUAUAGCUAGUUUGUAGAGAGAGCUAACUAAUAUGUGCAGUAGAGGCCAUUGGAGGCCAGCAGAGGAUGAUAAACUUCGGGAGUUGGUGGAACACUACGGACCUCAUAAUUGGAACGCUAUAGCUGACAAACUCCGAGGAAGAUCAGGGAAGAGCUGCAGGUUGAGAUGGUUCAAUCAAUUGGACCCAAGAAUAAAUAGAGGUCCUUUCACAGAGGAAGAAGAAGAUCGUCUUGUAGCAUCUCACAGAAUUCAUGGUAACAGAUGGGCUGUUAUUGCAAGACUUUUCCCCGGAAGGACUGACAACGCUGUCAAGAAUCACUGGCAUGUGAUGAUGGCAAGGAUUCGUCGAGAAAGAUCUAAACUUUAUGCUAAACAGCCUCCUCAUCAAAGAAUUUUUGACGAUGAGACACGAAUCCUCCCUUCUUUUGUAGACAAGUAUAGCAACACUAGUGUCACAUAUACCCCUUUUCAAUUUCCCAAUAACUUUCACUUUCAAGAUCCAAGUUCUUGCUCUACCAUGCUUCAAGAUAGAAGUCAAUCGGUUGAGUUCUAUGAUUUUCUUCAAGUAAAUACUGAUUCCAAUAAAAGCGAAGUAACGGACAAUUAUCCCAGAAGAGAUGAUGAGGAAGUAAAUCAAGAUACUGUGGGGACGCAGAGCAGGGAUGGCGUUCCAUUCAUUGAUUUUUUGUUUGUUGGAAGCUCUUAACAAUAUUCAAGAUGUUGCAUUGACAGAAAUAAGUAAGGCAUUUAAGAAUAUAUAUGUAGUUGUAAAACAUGUUUAAAAUUCUUAU